UGCAAGUUGGCGGUGUUAGGAGUGCAGAGAGAGUUUGGCGUGGAGAAGGUACCGAAGCUCAGAGGAGGCAUCGUUCGCCUUGGAGACACCUCUUCUCCGCCACAGCUUCAGCGGCGGUCCGGUGAAACAAGCAUGAGAGACAAAUCACUCUCCCCUUUAGCUUUCACACAUCAUGAGGACAGAGCAGCUGAGUGCAGCAAUGUGUGUGUGUGAGUGUGUGUGCGCGUGUGUGUGUGAUUCCAAGAAAACACCCCACUGAGUUCCCCCUCAGAGCUCAGAGAGCGCACUGCACAGGCGCAGAACGCAGCUCGACGCAGUAGAGGCUGAAAGCAGCCGAACGGACCGACACUUCCCAGAGGAUUGCAGCCAGAGUCCCGCUUGAGAACAAGCAGUUUUCUUCCAAACACGUGCGGCCGCUGUGGGAAGGGGAAACACCCCGCUGUUUGCAGGCCGGAGACCGAGCUGCGGUGCGCAGGGAUGGAUUUAAGCAGAUGAUACCUGACUGCAUGAGAAAUGCUGCAGGAGAAGGCUUCAACUGUGACGGAUGAACGCAUGAGCCGGGUCCAGACCGGCGGGGAGACGGAUCUCCUUCCAGACCAAUCACGACUGGGUCUGUCCACAGCUCCCACCGUUCCCAGCACCAGUGAGCCUGAUCAGAACAUUGAGAACAUUAAGGUCGUUCUUCAUGAGAGGGAGCUGUGGAAGAAGUUCCACGAGGCCGGCACAGAGAUGAUCAUCACUAAAGCAGGGAGGAGGAUGUUUCCUAGCUUCAAGGUUAAAGUGACCGGGAUGAACCCCAAAACCAAAUACAUCCUGCUUAUUGACAUUGUUCCAGCUGAUGACCAUCGGUACAAAUUCUGUGAUAACAAGUGGAUGGUGGCCGGCAAGGCUGAGCCAGCGAUGCCUGGUCGGCUUUAUGUGCACCCCGAUUCCCCGGCCACAGGAGCUCACUGGAUGAGGCAACUGGUGUCAUUUCAGAAGCUGAAGCUAACUAAUAAUCACCUGGAUCCAUUCGGGCAUAUCAUCCUGAACUCGAUGCACAAGUACCAGCCCAGACUACACAUAGUCAAGGCUGAUGAAAACAACGCCUUUGGAUCAAAGAACACCGCUUACUGUACUCAUGUCUUUCAUGAGACAGCCUUCAUCUCUGUAACCUCUUAUCAAAACCACAAGAUUACUCAGCUGAAGAUAGAAAACAAUCCAUUUGCCAAAGGAUUUCGAGGAAGCGAAGAAGGAGAUCUGCGCGUCUCAAGGCUACAGGGGAAAGAAUAUCCAGUCAUUUCAAAGAACAUGGUUCGCCAGAGGCUCAUUUCCUCACACAGUCACCUAACGGGGAAACUCGGAGCAGGAGUUCUAACGGGUCAUCCUCAAGUCCUGACCUCUUAUCAGUAUGAGACUGGAGUUCCUCUGUCUAACUCAGACUCCCAAGAUCCUAUGUCGAACCACUUCCCUCAGAGCAGAGACCCCAGCCUCCUGUAUCACUGCUUCAAACACAGAGAUAAUGCCCGACACUUGGAGCUCGGAUGCAAGCGGCCAUAUCUGGAGACAUCAUCUGCAGUCUCAGAGGAUCAUUACUUUCGUUCGCCUCCCUCUUACGAGUCGCCCUUACUGUCUCAUCCGUACUGCGCCGAUGCGAUUACUUCAAGAGAAGCUUGCAUGUACGGCAGCAUGGAAACGGAAUCUGGAUCUGGGACAGCGGACACAGAUGACCUGACCAACUCCCCUUCAAUUAACUGCAACAUGUGGGCUACAAUGCAGCCCUAUCCUCGCUAUAGCAUGGAGGGCGUCCCGUACCAGCCUUUCACAGCUCACUUCACCAACUCUGCCACGGUCACCCCAGUGGUACCGCACCCUGCGUCAUCAAUGGUGGCGCGACCCCAGACCGACUUGGGGGUAUACAACUCAGCGACAGUCCAGCGAGGUCUGCCCAUUAUACCACCCUCCUCCUCCUCCUCUUCCUCCUCCUCAUCAUCAUCAUCAUGCUCCCCAUCUGUUCCAGGAUCAAGAGACAGAGCAGGCCAUCCACCUCUGUACCACAAGAAGCCAGGAUCACCACUCCGUCCACACAGAGAUUUCUCAACCUAUUCCACACAAGGCUCUAUAUCCAUCCGAGAUCCAUCCUAUCAGUACCAAGUGGGGCUGAGUACCACAGGGAGUCACUGGACUGACAGCUAAUGGAGCUGACCUGCUGGAGAAUCCAGUUUUAUCCAACAUAAAAGUCCAAAAUCCCACCGUGGGUGUUACUGCCAGGCAAUAGUGAUCGCAUCGCUAUUGCAUACAAGACUGUUUGUGGUGAACAGUACCCCUUUACUUAUGCAGCGUAGUGUACUACAGUAUAUGUGAUCAGAUACAGUUAAGAGUUUUUCUAACACUCAAGUACUUACCAGGAGUUUGAGCAGCGCUCGGAGUUCAACCAUCAACGGAAAGUUGUGCGGAAAAUAACGACGAGGAAACCAAUGACCAGGAAGACAAAGAAAAUAGAUAAGGGAAAAUAUAGCAGCUGCUGUUCUUGCUCUAAGAAGGUCGUAAAAACCUGUUUGGAUACCUGACAGUUUCCCAGGGAAAACAGAGCACUGAGGGUUUUAUCAUUUCAUGCUGGGUUCCAACAUUAAACAAAAUCAAAGGAUAAGAUUGGCGUUAUUAUAUAUAUAUAUUUUCUUAAUGUCAAUAAAUCACAUUUAAAGACCAAAAAUACAACGUGUUAGCUGAUCUCUGAAAAAUCUCUGACUUUCCUACCCUGUUUUUAUCACCCGUCUUCUUUCUAGCCCAGCUCCUACUGACCAUGUAAAUCUUACAUUAGGUGGCCUUUAUAAAAAAAGUUCAGUAAUUUCAAUACAAACAACCGGGAACUGUUCUUUGUUGCCAACCGUAGGCUCUUGAGUACAUCUUCACCUUAUAGGGAAUUUAUUAUGGGCCCUCCUCAUGCCUUGACAGCAAACAUAAGAGCUGUGUGUAAACUCACACAGUGUCCAUUCCAUGAGAGGUGGAACUAAACAUGCUAGAGUCUUUCCAGCAGCAGGACGGUACUGGAUGAGUCGGAUUGACUCAAAAAAGAGAAAAGAAAAACGUGUCUGUGUUCAUGAAAAAUGUGGUCAAUUAAUGUGUCGAUUUCGAUAUUUUCUUGGGAUUUGUUGACAGUAAGAAAAAAAUAUAGUAGAGUGAUGAUGUCAAAAGGAUAUCACGGACUUUGAAAGUUAUCAGAGCCAAGCCUUUUGGCUCCUGAUUAUUCAGAUGUGCCAAAAUCUGCUACAUCUUUAUGUGCAUCAAGUGCACUGCAACGUGACAUUAAUUACAUCAGAUGGAUUAACAUUCAUAAUUCAUAGUACAUUGAGAGCAAUUAAAUCAAAUGAUGGAUUCAUCACAAAAUCACAAGAGUUGUUAACAUCGAGAUCUAGUCCCUGCCUGUUGGGUGAUACCAGCACUCAUCUGAAGAAAACUGUGACUGAGCCACACCACUGUGGUGGGCUGUAAAAGCUUGGUUCCAAACUCGUGACUCCAAAGGAUCUCUCAGUGAAAUGGGACUGCGAAGAACUCUCAGGCACAACCAGAUGUGAGCUUAAAGGAGUACUGUUAAGCCAUGGUAGUACCGGAAAAAAAGAGCUGCACACAAAUCCCGCUCCCAAAUGACUAACUUGGAAAAAACCCUCGCAGGACUGCAAACACAAAGCAGUCUGAGCAGACAGGGAGGCUGAAAGUAAAAACCCUCAGCAGUAUAACUCCAGAGAGAACUUGCAUUGACAAGGCCAGAUUAUUUGUAGGAUAUGAUGGUCAUCCCUGAUGCAUUACUGCAUUUGUGUUUUAUUUCAUGUAAAUUGAAUAUAACGUUUUUGAAUAUACUGACAGUUUUGCACACCUGAAUAAUAAACAUUUCCAUGCCUCGAA